CGACGUCUUCCUUCCCUGCAUAUAAAUAGUCUCUGAAAAAUAUAAUAGAGGGAAAGAAUCAUUUCGCUGGUGUUCUCUAAAACCAUUAGCGGACGAAAAUUGAGGUCAUCGACGGUAGAAAUCUGAUCGAACCAAAUUUAAAUCUGAGUGCUUUUUGGGUUUUGGACGUUUUAUAAGCUAGAACCCAAGAAAACAACCAUGGAAAGUAACUUCCAGUUCCCAAAAUUGUUGAAAAUUGUGUUGUUGCUCUGUUUUGCGAACUUUAGCUCUGUUUUUGGUCACAUUAAUGGGUUCGCUGAGCAACCGCUCUCUCAAAUAGUCAUUCAAAAAACUGUCCUUGCUCUUCGCGACUCAGCUUCAAUUAAAGCUUCCCCUUUUCUUCUUGGCUUGAAGGGUGAAGACACUCAAUGGGUAACAGUGGAUAUUGUGCAUCCUGAACCAACUGCAGAUGAUUGGGUUGGAGUUUUCUCUCCUGCUAAAUUCAACGGAUCCACAUGUCCAUUAAAUGACCCCAAAGAGCAAACUCCAUUUAUCUGUUCAGCCCCAAUAAAGUACAAGUAUGCAACAGAUUCCAAUUCACAGUACACAAAGACUGGCCAAAGUACCUUGAAGUUUCAGUUGAUAAAUCAGCGGGCAGAUUUCUCCUUUGCUUUAUUUUCAGGAGGAUUGGCAAAUCCAAAACUGGUUGCAGUUUCAAAUUCCAUAUCGUUCAUCAAUCCUAAAGCGCCACUAUAUCCCCGUCUUGCUCAAGGAAAAUCUUGGGAUGAGAUGACCAUAACUUGGACUAGCGGCUACAACAUAGAUGAAGCUGUCCCAUUUGUUGCAUGGGGUUUAAGGGGGGCAACUCUAGCGCGCUCACCUGCUGGAACAUUGACAUUCAAUCAAAAUAGCAUGUGUGGUUCACCAGCACGCACAGUUGGCUGGCGUGAUCCUGGAUUCAUACAUACAAGUUUCUUGAAAAAUUUAUGGCCAAACACUAUGUACUCAUACCGGUUGGGUCAUAUCCUAUUUAAUGGUUCUUAUGUUUGGAGUAAGUUGUAUUCAUUCAAAUCAUCACCGUUUCCUGGACAAGACUCAUUACAGCGUGUCAUAAUAUUUGGGGACAUGGGGAAGGCAGAGCGAGAUGGUUCAAAUGAGUACAGUAAUUACCAGCCAGGUUCUCUCAAUACCACAGACCGACUUGUGGAAGACUUGAAUGACAUUGACAUAGUAUUCCAUAUAGGAGAUAUAACAUAUUCAAAUGGAUACAUUUCGCAGUGGGACCAAUUUACGGCACAAGUAGAGCCCAUUGCAUCAACUGUGCCAUAUAUGAUUGCAAGUGGCAAUCAUGAACGUGACUGGCCAAACACGGGAUCCUUCUAUGACACUACAGAUUCGGGCGGGGAAUGCGGUGUGCUUGCAGAGACCAUGUUUUAUGUUCCUGCAGAAAACAGAGCUAAAUUUUGGUACUCAACUGAUUACGGCAUGUUUCAUUUCUGUAUAGCUGACUCUGAGCAUGACUGGAGAGAAGGAUCAGAACAGUAUAAGUUCAUUGAGCAAUGCCUUGCAUCUGUAGACAGACGAAAGCAGCCUUGGUUAAUCUUUGCUGCCCAUCGUGUCCUUGGGUAUUCCUCUGACUACUGGUACGGCAUAGAGGGCUCUUUUGAAGAGCCCAUGGGGAGGGAAAGCUUGCAGAAGCUUUGGCAGAAGUACAGAGUAGACAUUGCAUUUUAUGGACAUGUACACAACUAUGAAAGGACAUGCCCGAUUUACCAGAAUCAAUGUGUAACCACAGAAAAGAGUCAUUAUUCAGGCACAAUGAAUGGAACAAUUCAUGUUGUCGCAGGCGGGGGAGGAAGCCAUUUAUCGAAGUUCAGUGAUGCUCCGCUUAAAUGGAGUCUUUACAGAGAUUUUGACUUUGGAUUUGUUAAAUUGACAGCAUUCAAUCACUCAUCCCUGCUCUUUGAGUACAAGAAAAGCCGCGAUGGGAAGGUGUACGAUUCUUUCACCAUUUCAAGGGACUACAGGGAUGUGUUGACCUGUGUGCAUGAUAGUUGUCAAGCAACCACUGCUGCAUCUUGAUCUCAUAUCCUGGUGCUAAAUGUCCAAAUUCCUGAAGUAUUCCUUUGUGAUUAGCUUGUAAUUUAUGAAUUCUCUAAUAAUAAAGCCUAUUUGAAACUU